CAUUGGUGUUUGUGCUUUCAGGAGGCGGUGACGUUUGGUGAUGUGGCUGUGCACUUCUCACGGGAGGAGUGGCAGUGUCUGGACCGCAGCCAGAGAGCCCUCUACAGGGAGGUGAUGCUGGAGAACCACAGCAGUGUGGCUGGACUCGCAGGAGUCCUGGUCUUCAAGCCCGAGCUGAUCUCCCGCCUGGAGCAGGGGCAGGAGCCGUGGGUACUGGACCUUCAGGGAUCAGAAGGCAGAGAGAUGCCAAGGACCUCCCAGACAGAUUCUACUAUUAGGAUGAAUAAUGAGCAGACUUGCGAGGAAAUGGAUAUUCUAAAAUCGGAAUUACAUGGAAUGAGGAUCAAAAUCCCCCCACAGGAUUUUCCUCCAAGUCCUGGCUUUAUAGAUGCUUCUGAUUCUGAGGUGUGGCUAGAAAGUAAUCAGAGCAGUUCUCUUAGGCUGACGGGGACGAACUCCUUCUUCCAGAAAAACUGUUUAAAUAAAGAGACUAUGACACUGAAGAAGACCUUCACCCAGAAUAACUCCCAGGAAUGUAAUGAGGUGGGGAGUAUUGGCAGCCUGGACUGUAAAAUUAAUGAGAAUCAGAGAGAUACUGCCAAAGAGACAGUAGAAAGAUGUGAUGGGUGUGGCAGAAGUUUGAGAUCCAUUUCAGACUUUGCUUUACGUUGGGAAGUUAAUAUGCAAAAGAAACCUAACAAAUGCCAGGAAUGCCAAAAAAAAUUCUCUCAUUGCUUACAGGGGAAACAGCAAAGUAAUUUCCAAGGAGAAAAACCAUAUGAAUGUGAGGAAUGUGGGAAAGUCUUCAGGUUGUGUUCACAGCUUAAUCAACAUCAGAGAAUCCACACUGGAGAGAAGCCAUUUAAGUGCACAGAGUGUGGAAAAGCCUUCCGCCUGAGCUCCAAACUUAUUCAGCAUCAAAGGAUUCACACUGGAGAGAAACCUUACAGGUGUGAGGAGUGUGGAAAAGCCUUUGGUCAGAGCUCAAGUCUCAUCCACCAUCAGAGAAUUCAUACAGGAGAGCGGCCCUAUGGUUGUCGUGAGUGUGGGAAAGCCUUCAGUCAGCAGUCCCAGCUGAUCAGACACCAGAGGACUCAUACUGGAGAGAGGCCUUACACAUGUAAGGAAUGUGGGAAGGCCUUUAGCCAGAGCUCAACCCUAGCUCAACAUCAGAAAAUGCACUCUGGCGAGAAAUCUCAAAUCUUGAGAACCUCGGAUAGUCCGAGCCUUGCUCCACAUCAAAGAAUUCACGCUGUAGAAAAGCCAUUUAAAUGUGAUGAGUGUGGGAAAGCUUUUAGAUGGAUAUCUCGCCUUAGUCAGCAUCAAUUAAUCCACACUGGAGAGAAACCUUAUAAAUGUAACAAGUGCACAAAAGCCUUUGGUUGUAGCUCACGGCUUAUUCGCCAUCAGAGAACUCACACUGGAGAAAAGCCAUUUAAGUGUGAUGAGUGUGGGAAGGGUUUUGUCCAGGGGUCACACCUUAUUCAGCACCAGAGAAUUCAUACUGGAGAGAAACCUUAUGCAUGUAAUGACUGUGGCAAAGCCUUUAGUCAGAGCUCAAGCCUUAUUUACCACCAGAGAAUCCAUAAGGGAGAGAAACCGUAUGAAUGCCUCGAAUGUGGAAAAGCUUUCAGUAUGAGCACACAGCUUACAAUCCAUCAAAGGAUACACACUGGAGAGAGACCCUACAAGUGUAAUGAAUGUGGGAAAGCCUUUAGUCAAAAUUCAACCCUUUUCCAACACCAGAUCAUUCAUGCUGGAGUGAAGCCCUAUGAAUGUAGUGAAUGUGGGAAAGCAUUUAGUCGCAGUUCAUAUCUUAUUGAACACCAGAGAAUUCACACAAGAGCUCAGUGGUAUUAUGAAUAUGGGAAUGCCCUGGAAGGUUCAACCUUUGUGAGCCGUAAAAAAGCUAAUACUGUAAAGAAAUUGCAUAAAUGUAAUGAAUGUGAGAAAAUAUUCAGGUGGCGCUCACACCUAAUUAUACACCAGAGAAUUCACACAGGAGAGAAACCUUAUAAAUGUAAUGAAUGUGGGAAAGCUUUUAAUCGGAGCUCAAGACUUACUCACCAUCAGAAAAGUCAUAUGGGGUAG